UGUGUUUGCUCUUGCAGGUUCUGCUCCUGCAACUGGAUCCACAUGGGCAAGUCUUGGUGUCCGUGCGAGGUGCUGCCGAGCUUUCAGCAAGCCCUUGUUCCCAUGUCCCAAGAUGUCCUUGGUGGACCUAGGGAAGAGGCUGCUCGAGGCCGCUCGCAAGGGCGAAGAUGACGAAGUGCGGGAGCUGAUGGCCCGCGGGGCUCCCUUCACCACUGACUGGCUUGGGACAUCCCCCCUUCACCUGGCAGCCCAGCACGGGCAUUACUCCACUGCUGAGGUGCUGCUGCGAGCCGGGGUCAGCAGGGACGCGCGGACCAAGGUGGACAGGACCCCCCUGCACAUGGCUGCAGCUGAUGGCCACGCUGACGUCGUGGAGCUGCUCCUUAGGAGCGGGGCUGAUGUCAACGCCAAGGACAUGCUGAAGAUGACGGCGCUGCACUGGGCGACCGAGCACGACCACGGUGAGGUGGUGGAGCUGCUCCUCAAGCAUGGAGCUGAUGUCCACGCUUCCAGCAAGUUUGAUAAGUCAGCUUUUGAUAUUGCCUUGGACAAAAACAAUCCGGAGACCCUGAUGAUGCUACAGGAAGCGAUGCAGAACCAGGUCAGCGCUCAGCUGGAUAGAGCAGACCCCGUGGCCAACGCUGUGACUGUCACCUCACCUUUUAUUCUUACACCAGGGGAAAUUCUCAACCUGGCUGGCCUUAUGUCUUCAGCAAACACCAAAACAGCCUCAGCAGGUGGCUCCUCCACCACCUCUCUGCUCGCCACUCUCGCAGCCCUGGCCGAGGUCUCGGCGCCGCUCGCCAGCUCCAAGGGAGACACAGGUAAGGUGGAGGAAACCCUGGAUCCCGUGGCGGGCGGCAGCGGGGGGCAGCGCAUCAUCACCAUCCUCCCCGAGGGGCUGUCCCUGGACAGCCUGCAGACACCCACCCCCACGGGUGGUGGGGACCUGGGCCAGCCCUUCAUCCUCACCCUGCAGGAGGGGCAGCAAGUUGUAACUGUACCUGCUGGUCAGGUGGCAGAAGAGACUCUUCUGGAUGAUGCAGAAGAAGGAGAAGAUGCAGAAGAGGGAGAAGAGCCCCUGGCCAAGAAACAGAGAGUGGAACCAAGUGCAGAUGACUCAAAGGAAGACAAGGUGCUACAGGCAGGUGGUGCUGGGAGCAGAGGGCUCAGAGCCCCUUCCAAGCUUCUCCAACCACUCACGGCGUUAACUCUGCUUCCAGCCUGGUGCCAGGAGGGGCUUUUAAAGCUUCAGCCUUAAACUGGAAGCUUUUUCACAAACUUUUAGCCAGGGACUGACCUGUGAGAGCUGAUUUGGUGAUGUCAAUAACCUGCAUUGUUGGGGAGAGGGGAAAAAAUACCUUGGAGCAGCUGGGAUUAUCCCUCAGCACUGGAGCCUGAAGGGUUUGCUCCCUUCCACGACACUGAGUGACCAUCUCUGUGUCCCUGGACCAGCUGCCCCUUGUUCCCUUUCAGCUAGAAAAGGGAAUUGCAGGUUCUUUUUCUUCCCAAAACCACAAAUCUUGAUAGAGGCAACUUUCAGUGCAAGAGGAAAGGUCAGGCUGGGGGUCUGGCAGCUCUCAGGGACCAUCCUGCUUUGCCUUCUUGGUUUUGGGGACAGUUUGGGGGGGAGCAUUUUGUCUGUCCCCUCAAUUUACCUCCUUCCCCCCCAUAAAAACCAGUCAAAUGUUGCAUUUGACACUCUGGUGCUGAACUGGGAGGUGAGUUGGCUCCAGAGAUGCCCCUUUUUUUUUCUUUUUAAUUAAACAAUUUUUAUUUUGAAAGAUCCUAAACCCUUUUUCUUAACAAGCUGCCCAUCUCAGCACCCAAAUGUCUGGGGGCUUUUUUGACUCUUUGUGGGUCUGUUCAGUGCAGGGAUCUGUUCAGCACAGGGGGUUUGGGGUUUCCAGCCUGAUUGGAAGCACCUUGAGUCAUUUUGCACCCCAAAAUCUGUUGGUAGGGGCUGAAAAGGGAUCUGGGAUCUUCUUCAGCUGGUUGGGUGAAAGCCUACAGGACUUGUUGGGGGACUCACCAGGUUUGGAAACUCCAAGUGCAUUUAUUUAUAACCAGUGUGGCUUUAUUUAUAAAUAAGACUUCUUUUAAUCUUUUUUUUUUUUUUCCAAGAGAUGUUUUGAAAAAGGAUUUAAUAAUUAUUUUUUUUAAUGUGUGAAUCUGGAGAGACUCAGUUCCUGGCUGCCCAGUCCCACUGCCUCUCCUCCUUCACCUCCAGCAGCCUUUUAUUUCCUUUUCUUUGAUUUUUUUCAAUUUUAUUUCCUUUGUAUUCCCCCCAAACCUCAACAAUUUGGAUCUCUUUGAACUAAAAAGGGGGGGGUUGGACUCACUGAUCUAUGAGGUCCCUUCCAACCCUUAACAUACAGUGAAAAACCUGUGCUGGAGGCUCUGAGACAGCAUCAUGGUAAAUCCAGGUGGGUUUUUCUUCAGCCUGGGAGCAUUUUCGGGGGGGUUUAGGGACAUUCUCAGCUUUGGCUUGGAAAUCUGAGCUGAUUAUUUGUCAAUAUUCAGAGCUGGGCAGCUGUGGGGUGGACAAACACCAACUUGUGCCUCUGCCCCGUGUGGAUUUCCAGCCUGAAAAGGGUUGAGUUUUGCCAAAAUAAUAAAAAUAAAAUAAA